AUGGAAGAAGCGCGGGGAAGAUUCUCCAGCGUUCCUCGAGAAAUCCUCGAUGAUAUCGUCUCUUACCUGCCAAACAGAGACAAAAAAGCCCUCCGCCGGGCGUCUUCAUUCUUUGCCGAGACCGUCAACAUCCAGAUUCCACGCGUUUUUCUCUCCGCCAACCCCCGCAACAUCGAAGUCAUUGAGGCCAUCGCAAAUCACGAGAUCCGGCGACACCAUGUUGAGCAACUCAUUUGGGACGACAGUCUCCUGGCAACUCCAGGUAGCCGUCAUCAAAUGCGCAACACCUAUGAGCCUUGCGGACCUUUUCUCCCUGCCCCAAAACAUGCGCUUCUCCAGUCUUUGCCUCAACGAAAAGUGGACUUGGAAUUUGAACCUCACAGAUUGUACGCUACUGCAUGUGUGGUAAACAUUCAUAACAUUCUCUUUAAGAGAGGCAAAGACUGCGAUACACCAGCUCACCUGGAUCGAGAGGAACGAUUGGAGAACGCAAUGUCCUUCCAAGACUCAGUUCGUCACUACACACAGCUAUACUUUCAACAGCAGGAAGUCAUUCGCACCGGCCAACACAUUCGGGCCUUUCGAGUCGCUCUCGACCGGUUUCCUAAUCUAAGGAAAGUCACCAUCACGCCUGCUUGCCACGGGUUUCUCUUUACUCCAUUGUAUGAAACUCCAAUGAUCCGUGAUUUCCCUAAAGGCUUCAAUCAUCCGAUCCCGCGGUCAUGGGUGUCGUACACGGGCACGAACGGCCGUCGCAACGCCAUCCUUCGGCCUGGCUUUCGUGGAUCCUCAAAGAAAAUAUGGGAUAGCGUCCACGUCGUUUUCGGUACCCUGGUUGAACGAAAGCAUAACCAAGUAACCGAGCUUGAAGUUAACGUUCAUGGACUUGACUAUGGCAUCCCUAUCGACUUUUUUCGCCUCAGCAACAUCGAGUGUUGUCACUUUUUCAACAUCGCUGAAAAGCUAAGUCGCCUGGAUCUAUCCAUCCAAGUCCCACCCUCGCCAAAUGAAGAUCCUUUUGGAACAACCGUUUUCAUGCGUCCGGCUUUUUGCCGCAAUCCGAAUCUGAAACAUUUCAGCUUGCACUGCUGCCGCGGAGGCCAUGAUGGGCGUUUCCCGCCACUUCGCAAACUUUUACCCGUCGAAAAGUGGACGUACCUUGAGCACUUCGGGCUCACAGGUUUCAAGGUGAGCAUCGAUGACUUGGUCGAUUUCUUGUCUUCCAUGCCGACCACCUUGAGCUCCUUGGAGCUUGGCUUCCUUCGUUUCCAGACGCCGGGCGAGCAUUAUGACGGGCUGAUGCAGGCCAUGCGAGACAACCUCGGGUGGAGGAAUGAAUCGGAGGAUUCCAGACCCAAGAUUGUUAUACGGGUAGACCUGGCCGACCGAGUGAGAGGUCGGUACAUCCAGGUCGACAAGGAAGUCGAGGAUUUCGUGUACGGUGACGGGCCUAACCCCUUUACCUUCAACGACCUGUUCGACAAGGGGACAAUGCAUGACGAGUUUGACCCGGAAUACGAGCGGCCUAAUCUGGCCGACGAGGAGCUCGCCGCCUUGGGGAUCAUCAAAGACCCUCGCUAUAUCGAGGAUUCACCCUACGAUGCCGACGUUGUGCCCGAGUACUGCGAGCUGGAGGAUGAUCAGGAUAGCUAUGAUUUCGACAGCCAAAGUGACUCCAGUGGAGAGGCUGAUUACGCAUGGUCUGAUUCUGCUGACUCUCAGUAA